UAUUUUUUAAUCUGUGCAUGAUUCGAGUUCGCCCUGUGACGCUUGUUUUGGUGUAAAUUGUAAAAGUUUUGUUUAUACUCAAAAAUUUAGGAUUGCGUACAAGCAAUAUUCACUGUAGAAUUCGUUUUCUUGAUAAAACUUCAAUUUCCUUUAAUUUUCAUCAAUAACUAACGCCAGGAUGUCGAAUGACAACGACGCACCGCUGCCCGAGGGAUGGGAGAUGCGAACAAGUAGAUCCACCGGUAUGACGUAUUUCCUGAAUAUGUAUACGAAAAAAUCUCAAUGGGAGCGCCCGGAAGCACCCGCCGACCCUGGAGAAAUCAGAUGCAGCCAUAUCCUUGUGAAACACGCGGAGAGUCGUCGUCCAACGUCUUGGAGAGAGCAGAAUAUUACCAGGACUAAAGAAGAGGCUAUGGAUUUACUUAAAAGUUACCGUAAGCAGAUUGUGUCUACUGAUGCACCCUUUCCUGAAGUUGCUAUGAAGUAUUCUGAUUGCUCGUCAGCAAAACGUGGUGGAGACCUGGGAAUGUUCAGUCGGGGCCAGAUGCAGCGAGCAUUUGAAGAUGAGGCGUUCAAACUCAAAGUUGGACAGCUGAGUAAACCGAUUGAAACUGAUUCAGGGUUCCAUAUCAUAUUAAGAACUGUUUAAUUCUAUUUUUCUUGUACAUGUUAUGCAUAGUUCUUAUAUCAUGCCUUAAUCAUAUUUUGUAACUAGAUGACGCUUUACUUUAUCCAUAUGAAUUUAUGUUUCAAAAGUCCAGUGGGAAGUCUUUGAUUAUUUGAGAUAAAAACUAUUCUAUAUUCAUCCUGGUGUGCAAUCUAUCUCUGUAUCAAAUUUUAUUAAAAUCUGUUGAACAAAUAGCUUUACUCUUUUUUUACAAUCUCACCUGGUGGUAAGUCAUGAUGCAGUCUAAGAUGGACGCGGGCUAAUCUGGAAGAGGUAUGGCAGUUUUCAUUAAACCCAUACUCUUUUGGUUUCUUCUACACUGUACACCACAUUGUAAUUUGUACCACAACGCUAAAUCGCUUGGCGGCACCGAACCCGGGACCGCACACCAAUAAGACUUUUGCACCAGGGAGGUCAACAAUGUUCUCAAAGAUGUGUGAAGCCAAACCGCACUGGGCCAAUGUGUCAGACUAUGGCCUAUACAGACAUACUUUCGCGUUUCUAAAAUAAAAUAUUGUGGGGAAAUUAUUUUUGUCAUUUCAUAAUAGAACUGUAACUGACUGAACUAUGCAUAAUCAAAAUGGUUUUGUAUAAGACAACAAAUUAAAUGUAUUGAUUAAGAUAUCUCAUGUAUUUUAAAGUUUUGAAAAUACAAACAUUUAUUUUGAACUUA